CACUUCCUGUAAUGGAUUAUAAGAUGGCCACUUGCUAAAGGAGACCCAGACGUGUGUGUGGAGAGAGACACAGAGACAGAGACAGAGAGAGAGAGAGAGAUAGGGGGUUUAACACGAAUAUACAAAGUGUGAGACGCGACUGCUCUGGUAAGACGGAAACAAUUCAACACACACGAUGCCGGUUGCUGUUGGACCUUACGGACAGACCCAGCCCAAAUGCUUCGACAGGGUUAAAAUGGGCUUCAUGAUGGGGUUUGCAGUGGGAAUGGCAGCCGGAGCGAUGUUCGGCACCUUCUCCUGUCUCAGGAUAGGGAUGAGAGGCAGAGAACUAAUGGGUGGGGUUGGCAAGACCAUGCUGCAGAGCGGAGGGACGUUUGGCACUUUCAUGGCGAUUGGAAUGGGAAUCAGAUGCUGAAACGCAAUCUGCACUUUCUCCAGGACUGUGGGGUUUAGAAUUCACCCUGAUUCUGCAUAAAAAAACACUUUUAGCCACUACUACUUUCUGUACAUAAGUCCUGAUAAAUAAAGUUGUGUUAAUAAGCUCCAUUACUGGAAAGGAAAAUGAAAAAAACAGAAACAGAAACAGGGCACGUCUCAAACUGCCUGGUUCACACAAAAAAAAACACACACGCAGAAUGAAUCUCAUUUGUAAUUUCUAUUUGAAAUAAUAAUAAAAAAAAAAAAAAAAACUUUCUGGUACCUGAUCUUUGUUUUUAAAUAGCACAUUUUACUGCUGAUUUCAAAAU